UGAUCUCUGCAAAAAUCAAGCACAGCCCUUUAAUAAUUUCACUUUUUUUUUGCCUUCUUCUUUUUCAAGAGCCACGUAUGGAAUGAUAACCAUGGUUGUACUUGUGCCCCUCGCUAAACUCAUGCCUACUAAUUACCAAACAGCAAAGCACAAGGAUUCUGGUCUCUCGCUCCCGCUCUUUCUCGAGCCCCCUACCUUUUACUUACUCUACCUAUGCUCCAGCUGCUUUUGGCCCUGUUGUAAUGUAAUCUCUCUUUUCUCCGUCCAUGUUCCCUUCUAAAAUUGUAUAUUAGAAGAUAAAACUCUCCAUCUUCUUGUUUCGCAGUCUCUCUCGCAGUUUCAGGGUAUUAAACGAAAAAAUAAAAAAAUGGUGGGCUUAGGGAAAAGAUGGAAAUGGAGGAGGGGAAAGAACUACUCUUGCUUUUACCUCCAGCCUUUCUAGACACUCUCUCUCCAGAAAAGUUCACUCUUCUGUGUUUGCUUCUUUGAAGCUCUUUGUUUUUUCCGCUCUUACUUGGGGCUCUUUUGCUUGGAGAAGGAAAUGGGUCGUUUGGAAGCUCCUUCAAAAGAUGUGUCUCCACCAGAAGCCGGCGUGCCAGAGCGAAUCCUGAUAUGGGUAUGGCCUAAAACUUCCAAUGGACCAGCAUUUUGGACUCUGCUUUCUUGAAAACGCGGCUCAAGCGAAUACAUUCUCUGUCUUGGCGAAACCCAACCUCCUUUGUAUCCGAAAAGGAUAAAGAGACACCCCCAAAAAACCAACCUUUUUACAUUCUGAUAACCCGUAUACCCCAACUUGAGGUUUAGGGAAAAGAAAAAGAAGCAGAGAGGAUGGGAUGUGUUGCUUCUAAGCUUGGUGAAGAAGAAGAAGUAGUAUCCAUAUGUAGGGAGAGAAAGCAUCAGCUCAAGCUAGCCGUUGAGAGAAGGUAUGCUCUCGCAGAAGCACAUUUUAGGUACUGUCAAUCUCUACACGCAGUCGGAGCUGCCAUUAAGCUCUUUGUUGCUAGACACUCUUCACCUUCUUCACCUUUCCUCAUAACUUUCUCUCCACCUUGCACGUCCCCAUCAACCUCCACCGAGAAUGUCACCAACAACACCAUGCUGCUCCAACAGAGGCCUUCUGAGUCCACCAAAGAGUCCAUCCCUCGUGAGCACUGUGAUUCCUCUGCUUCUUCAGAUGACUCUUCAGAGGAAGAAACUGAGAAGAGAAAAAGUGCAGAAGUAGAAGAACCAGCCUGCGGGUACUAUUAUAUGCAAAUGCCACCACCCAUUCCACCUCCUCAGAUGGACUUUGAGUGGGACUUCUUCAACCCCUUCUUUGGCAUGAGGCCGGACGUCAUGAGUGGGUAUAGGCAGAACUCUGAGGAUGAUCUGAGGGUUGUGAGGGAACAGGAAGGAAUACCGGAGCUGGAAGAAGAGGAAGAAGCUGAAGAGAAUGGGGUUGACGGAGAGAAAAAGGCGGUGGUUGUUGAAGAGAAUAUUGUAAGCGGAGGGGAGGCUAAGGAAGAGAGCGGUUUGGUUGAAAUGGGGAAUGUGGCGAACGGUGGCGGCUGUUUGGCCCAGGGUGAGCACAAAGGCUUAACAGUGAUUGACAUGCCCGAGAAGGGUAGAGAACUCUUGGAAGCAUUGAAGGACGUUGAAGACCAUUUCAUAAGGGCAUAUGAUUCUGGCAAGGAUGUCUCUAGGAUGUUGGAAGCUAACAGAGUGCAUCUGCAAUCUGGAUUAGAGGAAAUAAAAGAAAAUUCCACAAAAAUUAUCCAAUCGUUAACGUGGCACCGAUCAACUUCAUCUAAGCCUACCUCAUGCAAAAGUCUGGUGGCCUCAAGUUCAAAGGGAUCGUCUACAUGGACCGCAUACACGAAUGAAUUGUUUGAUGACUAUGGAGGGAUGGUUUCAGGAAGCCAUUCACUCACGUUGGAAAGACUAUAUGCAUGGGAGAAGAAGCUCUAUGAAGAAGUUAAGGCUGGAGACAACAUAAGAAAAUUGUAUGAGAGGAAGUGUACGCGGCUGAGAAACCAAGAUGUCAGAGGAGAUGAUGGACCCACGAUGGACAAAACCAGAGCUGCGGUGAAAGAUUUAUAUGCUAGGAUCUUGGUUGCGAUUCGCAGUGCCGAGUCAAUUUCUAAAAAGAUUCAGAAGCUUCGUGACGACGAACUGCAGCCUCAAAUUCUUGAGCUUUUGAAAGGCCUUACUCAAACCUGGAAAAUUAUGCUAGAGUCUCACGAGACCCAGAACAAGAUUCUUCUCGAAGUUGGUACCUUUGCUUGCCCGAUGUAUGGAAAGUUCUGCAAUGACUCCCACCGGCUCGCGACACUCCAGCUUGAAGCUGAGCUCCAGAACUGGCGGUCAUGCUUUGCCGACUACAUCACAUCACAAAAGGCAUAUGUUGAAGCACUUCAUGGUUGGCUUGCCAAGUUUGUAGCGCCCGAAGUCGAAUUUUGCUCCAAGGGCAGGAGUUCUUCUGUGCCGUACCGUGUCAAUGGUCCCCCUUUGUUACCGAUCUGCCACGACUGGUCGGCCUUUCUGGAUAAGUUGCCGGAUAAGGCCGUGGCGUUCGCAUUGAAAAGCUUUGCUAAGGACGUGAGAGCUCUUUGGGCCCAACAAGGGGAGGAGCAGCGCCAGAAGAGGAAAGUGGAUGCGCUGGCAAAAGAAGUCGAGAGGAGGACAAUGUCGUCGUCAUUCCACAACGCGGAGACCCAGUUUCUCGAGUUCAGGCCGAGCGAGGACAAAACCAAGCUCGAGAUCGACCAUCCCGAGCUCACAGAAGACAAGGGGGAUCACUUGGACACGUUGAGGAGGAAGUUAGAACUGGAGAAGGAGAGGCACCAUAAUUGCAUGCAAGAAACGCAGAGAAUCACUCUAAACAGGUUUCGGACCGGGUUCUCCGCGAUCUUCGAGUCCAUGACGGAGUUCUCCAAGGCUUCUCAGAAACUGUACAAUGAUCUGGUUGCUUACGGCGACAACGCAGAGAAAGCCGACAAUGUAACGCGUUUAGAAGGCUCCCAAGCCGGAGACGGUUAAAGGAGAUAAUGGUUGGACUUAGAUCUGACGGUUGUAGGUCUAACUUAUCGGGUCGGGGCUGUACAUUACCGGUUCGAGUCGAAGCGCCUCGCUGAGAUUUGAUUGGUGUCCUUGUUCUUUCUUUCUUUUCUUUUCUAUUUUUUAACUUGGUAGGCUUUGGUGAGGACUGUUAUUAAGAUGUCCUUGGUGGUCCGUUGUGGUCACCCCCUUGGUUAAUUGUUUAUUGGCAAUACGUGUUAGGAGAGUUUGCCUACUCUCUGGGAAUGUUACAUGCAAAAUAUAUGUGAGCUAAGUUAAGCAAUUGCUGGU